AGUGACAGCUCUGCAGUCCUCCAAUGUGGUGCUGAUCAGGUGUUCUCAGAGCCUGGCUCAGCUCACAGCGACACAAUGCAGCUGAGCAGGCUGAGCAGGGGAGCACAAGCCUCAGCCUCCUGCACACAGCCUGUCCCUGUUCUCCAGAACACAGCGGGCGACCUUUGAGCUCAAGCCUCACAGAGAGAUGAUGUGCUGAGGUGGAAGACAACCCUAUCUAUGGCAAAGAUGGAAUAUCAGAUAUUGAAAAUGUCUCCCUGCCUGCUCAUCCUUCUGCUUCUCUUUCCUGGUGUUCUGUGUAUCUGUCCCCACCAAUGUACAUGCUCAGAAAAGCACAGGCGUGUGGACUGUUCAGGCAGAAACUUGACUGUAUUACCACCCGGACUCCAAGAGAACAUUGUUCACUUAAACCUGUCUUCUAACCUCUUCACUGAUCUUCACAACCAGCUAACUCAAUACACCAACCUGAGGACCCUCGAUGUGUCCAACAACAUGCUGGAGCGCCUCCCUGAGCAGCUGCCCAGGUCACUCUGGGAAAUGUAUGCCACCAACAAUGCCAUCAAACUUCUUGACAAGUCUGACACUGCUUAUCAGUGGAACCUUCAGCGCCUUGAUGUUUCUAAGAAUAUGGUGGAAAGGGUUGUUCUCAUCAAAAAUACACUCAGUAGCCUCCAGUUUCUCAACCUCAGUAGUAACAAACUCUGGACAGUCCCCACUAACAUGCCUUCCAACAUAAAGACAGUGGACCUGUCUAACAAUUCUUUGACCCAAAUUCUUCCAGGGACAUUAGUUAAGCUGAUAAAUCUCACGCAUCUGUACCUACACAACAAUAAGUUCACAUAUAUUCCUGAUCAAGCCUUUGACCAAUUAUCUCAGCUGCAAGUAAUAACUCUGUACAACAAUCGAUGGGCUUGUGAUGACAAACAAAAUGUUACGUAUUUACUGAAAUGGGUAUUGGAAACCACAGCUCAGGUGGUCGGGUCUCCAUGUUCUAAUCAUACGACACCCUGGCAAAAUCUCACUGAACAAUCUACCCUUUCUGCGAUGACUUCGAGCAUGUUCGCCAUCAGCAGCACACAGGCCACGGAGGCCAUUAGUUCCCUGAGUCUGGAAACCCAACACAAGGUGACCAAAAUACCCAAACAAUAUCGAACGAAGGAGUCCACAUUAAGUGCCACUCCGAGCAAAAGUGUAGUCCUCACAGGCACUGAUAAGCCUUUGGUUCUCUAUCCAGAAGGUCUGCCCACAGGAAAGGCAAAUUCCCACGAAGCAGCAGCUGCAACACUCACCAUUCAUAUUCAAGAUGCAACUGUCUUAAACGCAAGCUUCACGAGUUCCACAAAAUCCUCCACAACUCCAAUGACCCUAAGCAUCACUAGCGGUAUGCCGAGCGGCUUCUCUGAAAUGGCUCAACAAAGCACAACUCUCACCUUAAGGAGAGAGGAGACAACCACCAAUGCUCUUAAUGCUCGCUUACCUUCUGCAGCAAGUAUCUGGAAAGCAAAUGUGGCUUAUGUCUUAAUGGUCAAUGUCAUUGUAAUAAUGGUCAUGCUGACUGGCUGAGGACUUGAGUUUUCUGAAAUUAAUGGAAGUACUCCUCUCUCUGAUGUAUAUUUGGAAAAACAUGCUCGUAUCUAACCAGUGACUCAAAUUAUAGAAAACCCUCCAGAAGGCCAGUCUUGAAUUUUUGACUCUGAUCUUAAUGAAGUAACUUUUGUCCUAAAUACAAGUGCACAAUUAAUGUCUUGGUACUUUGCUGCUAUUUUACUGUCUUAACUGAGUAAACUCUAACCUGUUAAGUUUUUUUUUAAUGAAAUGUUUAUUUUGUAUCUUAAGGCUUCAUUUUCUUGCAAAAAAUAUAAAGCAUCUGAACUUUAAUAUGUAUUUUAUGUAUGUUUUCAUCAUUAAACAUCUGGAAAAGAAAUAAAAAAGUCUACACU